GAAAUAUGGAAUCAGAUGACGUAACAGUUCCGGGUUUGUGCGUUUUUUUCACCGAGAGGUAACUGUCGGUCAUUUGUGGCGGAGCCGCUGGUAGAGACACGACACGCAGCCGGUGUUCCGCUGUCUGACGCUGUAACGAUAUUGGACAGUGGAUACUACAGUUGUGGGAUUCUUCAAAGUGUCACAUACCGGUCUUUCCUCUUUCUGAGACUACCAUUAAAAACAAGUCUGACCACCACUGCUGCUCAGUUCCCGUCCACGCAAACAGCAUGGGUCUCCAGCCAGACUCUGCACUCCAAUCCAUCUUACUCUUACCAAUCCACCUUCUGGUAUGGCUGUACUCCGUCCUGUCCUUCGUGCCCUGGUACUACAUCACAGGUGCCGGGCAAAGAAAAACUCAGUCCAAGCGGAUAAAGGCUCGCUCCACCACAGGCUGCGCAGAGGGACCGUACCGCUCUGUGGACCACUUCGAUUCCCUGGCCAGUGAGGACUUUCCAGGAAAGGACACACUGGAUAAGCUGUUCGAACAUGCCGUGCAGCGCUUUGGAGAAUCCCACUGCCUCGGCACCCGAGAUGUACUGAGUAGAGAGGAUGAGGUUCAACCCACCGGUAAAGUAUUUAAAAAGCUGAUCCUGGGAGAGUAUAGAUGGCUUUCAUACAAUGACCUGGAUAGUAUAGCCACUGAGUUUGGCAGUGGACUGGCUGCUCUGGGGCAGCAGCCCAAAAGCAGUAUUGCAAUCUUCUGUGAAACCAGAGCUGAGUGGAUGAUCACUGCUCAGACAUGCUUCAGGCGCAAUUUCCCAUUGGUGACUUUCUAUGCUACUUUGGGAGAAGACGCAAUUGCGUUUGGUUUGAACGAGACCGGAGUCACACAUCUGGUUACCAGCGUGGAACUGCUUGAGACUAAACUGAAAAAUGUGCUGCCACAGAUCCCGAAACUGAAGCAUGUGAUCUACGUGGACCAGAAGAAAAUCAGCACAGAAGGCUACCCAGCAGGACUGUCUAUCCACAGCAUGCAGUCUGUACGAGAGCUGGGCACGCUGCCUGAGAAUGUGGGGAGGGCAAUUGUGAAGCCUCAGCCCUCUGAUCUGGCUGUGGUGAUGUACACCAGUGGCUCUACAGGCAGACCCAAAGGAGUCAUGAUUGUUCACAGUAACCUAAUCGCUGGGAUGACAGGCCAGUGCGAACGCAUCCCUGGACUCGGGCCUGAUGAUACUUACAUCGCCUAUCUGCCUCUGGCUCACGUUUUGGAAAUGACCGCUGAAAUCUCCUGCGUCACAUACGGCUGUCGCAUCGGCUACUCGUCCCCCCAGACACUGUCAGACCAGUCCACGAAGAUAAAGAAAGGAAGUAAAGGAGACUGCUCUGUGCUCAGACCCACCCUGAUGGCAGCUGUGCCAGAAAUCAUGGACCGCAUCAACAAGAACGUGAUGAGCAAAGUGCAGGAAAUGAGCUUCAUUCAGAAGAAGCUGUUUACAUUGGGCUACAAAUAUAAACUAGAGCAGAUCAGGAGAGGCUAUGACGCACCACUCUGCAAUGCCCUGUUGUUCAGGAAAGUCAAGAAACUGCUGGGAGGACGGGUGAGGAUGAUGCUGUCCGGAGGAGCGCCCCUGUCUGCAGCCACUCAGAGAUUUAUGAACGUGUGUUUCUGUUGUCCAGUGGGGCAGGGCUAUGGCCUCACUGAAACCUGUGGAGCAGGCACCAUUACAGAGGUUGCGGACAUCAGCACCGGCCGUGUUGGAGCUCCUCUUGUGUGCUGUGAGAUCAGACUCAGGGACUGGGCUGAAGGUGGCUAUACCAGUAAAGACAAGCCAAACCCGAGAGGCGAGAUCCUGAUUGGAGGUCCCAAUGUAACCAUGGGUUACUACAGGAAUGAAAGCAACAAUCAGGACUUCUUUGUGGACGAGAAAGGUCAGAGAUGGUUCUGCACCGGAGAUGUAGGAGAGAUUUACCCAGAUGGCUGUCUACAGAUAGUGGAUCGAAAGAAAGACUUGGUCAAGCUACAAGCCGGGGAGUAUGUGUCUCUUGGCAAGGUGGAGUCUGCUCUGAAAAACUGCUCUCUCAUAGACAACAUCUGUGCAUACGCAAACAGUGAACAGAACUACGUGAUCAGCUUUGUGGUUCCCAACCAGAAAAAGCUGACCGAACUGGCCAAACAGAGAGGCAUCGUGGGAACAUGGGAGGAGAUCUGCACUCACCCUGAUAUGGAGAGAGAGGUUCUGAAGGAGAUCAAGGAGGUCGCUGUUAACAUUAAACUCCAGCGAUUUGAGAUUCCAGUGAUGGUCCAUCUGAGUCCAGAACCAUGGACCCCUGAGACCGGUCUUGUUACAGAUGCUUUCAAGCUGAAGAGGAAAGAGCUGAAGAACCACUAUCUCCACCACAUAGAGAGAAUGUAUGGUGGCAAAUGACUUGGUCAUUUCCAAGAGUCGUCUUUAUCACCAUAACACACUGUUCUGAUCUGUACAUAAACUUCCCGGUACCUAGUUGGAUUUUUAUGCUGUUUGUGAACCACAGGCGCGUCCCAAAUAAAAUGUCUUGAACAAAAAAAAAAAAAGGCUGAAGCUGUAGAUAGUUGUAGCUGUUGAUCCAUGUGUGCUGCUUUUUAUUCUUGUAUGUGGAAGUUUUGAUUGUCAAAGAGACGCACUCCAGUGCAGACUCUUACUCCGUGAAAAGGGUCCGAGACCAUUACAGCACUCAACUGCCAUCCACUUUAAUCUGUUGGCACUCGGUUAUGUAGCUGACUUAAAUAAGUACCACUGUCCUCCAUACGUUGCUGAUGCUUCGUUGUUACUUGCAUUGAAAAUCUUAACAACUGUAAUCAUCAGAGGUUUGUUAAUGCUCUUUGUUCAUGUUGGGAGUACUGAUGUAACUGUGCCUUCAGUCUGCAGUACCUUGUGUAGUCAAGCAGAAGUGGCAUCUAGAUAAAAACAUUGUUUACGCUUUUUGUUAUUUUGUUAAAAAAAAAAAGACAAAUUGGCUAAAUUGUGCCAUGUGAAAUCUACGUGAGGCUUUAAGCUUAAAUAUCCCACCCAGAGACGUAUCGACAUGAAUCACAGAGAGAAAAAAGUUCCUCGAGAUCAUGUCUGCGUAUCCUCUUAUUUUCUGAUGUUUUAUUUAUACGUUUGUUAUUGUGUCAAUUUAUUCAGAAAGUAAGACCAAAUUGUGUAAAAAGAAAACAACAAAUGACUCAGGAAGACAGCAAAUGUUUUAAUAUAUGAAAUAGUCAAGUAGUGGGUUGCUUGUAUAGGAAGUACUUCUGUCAAAAUUUCUCGUAGGCACCUUAUUUAUUAAAGAGCAAGCAUGCUUAACUACUACCCAGCUACUAAAAUGCUUCUUAGCCCUAGCUAGUCUGAACUGGCAUACUGUAAUACUGUGCGUAUUUUACCUCAGUUAACGGGUAAUCUACAAUUUGCUAUCAAAGUUUUAUGAAGUUAUGUUCA